CAAAAAUAGUCAAACCUGAAAAUCUCAGCAUCAGCUGAGCUUCCUCCAUUAGAAUCAUCGAAGUUUGAAGAUAUAUAAUAAAGAUGGGAGACUUGCCGCAUCUGAGUGAUCAUAUCGGAAGCUUCAGCUUAUCAUCUAUUCAUCCGGCUGAUCCAGCUUACACUCCGCUUCUCUAUCGGCUCCGCGAAGAAACCUUCCAGAACCGAACAACUCAAGUCAGACAUGGCUCAUAUCUCAGACGCUUUACUCGAGAUACUUCUUUCAACAUAGCUGAAGCUAUCAAGGAAAACUCUGGGAUUGAUCUCAACAAUUUCAUGCGCCGAUAUGGAUUGACUGGCUGCGUUGUUGUUCAGAAUGGAGCCACAAAACUCGAAGAAUACAGACACGGAAACUCUCAAGCAUCUCGUAACGACGUUCAAUCAGUCACAAAGUCUUUUGUUGCAACAGCUCUCGCCAUUGCGCAGCAAGAAGGAAGACUAUGCGUCAACGACCCAGUAUCUCGCCAUGUCGAAGAGCUGAGAGGAACUGCUUGGGCAGACGUGCCACUUCUUGCUCUAUCAAGCAUGUCUUCAGGGGUAGUUGAACAAUCAGAAGAAGAGCGACCCGCGGAUGUGCCCAACCCCAUGUAUGCCACUGAGCUUUAUCCCCAAACUGAUACUGAAGCUGUUAUCAACUGGCUCAAGACCUCGAGGAAAGUGGCUGAGCCUUGGGAAGAGUUUCACUACUACAACCCGAACUAUUACGUGCUGUCGACGGCGAUCUCACGUGCAACUGGAGAGCCUCUGAAUGAAUACAUCUCGCGCACGAUAUGGGAUCCUGCUGGAAUGCAAUACGAUGGGUACAUACGAACAACAGGCGCAGGACACGUGGACGGUCACGGAGGUCUCUCGAUAACUUUGACAGAUAUGGCACGCUUCGGGUGUUUUAUUCUCGAAAGUUUCAGAGACGGAGGGAAAGGCCCCAAUGUGCCACCUGGUUGGUUCCAAGACAUUUCUGAUGCCAAGAACAGUGUCGGGGCCAGGGCUCUUCAACCGGAUAACUUUGUCUCCAACUUUGGCUACGAAAGUGGUUGGUGGACGACAGGCAGGGCGGAUAAGGAGUAUAAAAUGGGAGACGAUGGUGCUUUUGCGGCGAUUGUCUUCACCAUUUCCCCGUCAAUCAACAUGCAGCUUAGCAAGCCUUGGUAUAGCACCUGCUGCGUCCACUUCAAUGCUUUUGAGGAGCACCGAGAGCAGUCAAAGUCAGAAGGACAAUCCAAAUUCGAUAUAGAAUCAUGGGAUGAACCCUCAGAUGAAAAGCCAGGGGAUGAGUCUGAGCUCUAUCAGAUAGAGGCUCCAGAAUUUCAUGAAGAACUCUGUCUCUUUUACCGCCACACGAGUUCGACCUUCGACGAGAACAUGGCUCACAUGAAGAUAUGCCUCAGCUCCACCAUCCCAACCCUGAAAAGCCAUGGCAUUGAGCCUAUCACUGUCGCACGAUACCUUAAUCGAUUUAUAUUCGGUUGCUACGAGAGUAUAUCCUGUGGCAAGCAACGUCGCACGCUGGAAGGGAUUCAACAUCACAUGGCUUCCAAGAACCACUGUCAUUUCCAGACGACAUGCGAGAUUACGAGAUUCUAUAAGAACGAAGAAAGUUACAACGCUCAAGAAAGUCGACAAAGUCAAGAAACUCAGCUCAUACGAUCAACUCACGCUUCCCAUAACGACAAGACUAUCAUUCAGCGUCCCACGCUGCCAACACCUGCCGAAGUUCUAUGGUGUGAGAGCACCGGAGAUAGCCAUCAUAUGUACGAAGAGAAGCAACAGGAAUGUUGUAUUUUCGGCAACUCGCAGGUAGCUGUCACUGAGAUGGAAACUCCGGAAAUGGGAGGGGACCAUACCGAGGCGACUCAACAGCCAUAUAGAGCUUUCCACGAAGCGGUCCGAAAGGCGAGGGUUUGGUUGGGACUUUCUAACAUCCAAUUUGAGACAAGUGGACUGCAGCAAGAGUAACGAACUGCUGAAUUUUAUGGAUUGUAGCAUGGAGGAACUGGAUGAAGCCUCAUUGGACUCUGGGAAGAAGAGUUACAGAGCAUAGACCGUGUCAUUUGAGGCAUAUGUUGGAUUGGAAAGAGUCUGGUAUUGCGGUUUAUUCGAUCGUUCAGUUUCCGUGUUUAGAUUGAACAGAUAUCUUGUGGUUUUCAGGAAUGUACUGCAUUGCUACA